UCCCGGACCGGAGGCAGGACGGGCCCGCCCCGGUGGACGCCGCGGAACGGAGGCGCUCCCGGCCCGGUGCCCGUUCCCGGUUCCCAUUCCCCGUCCGAUCUCCCGCAGCGGCGGCACCGAGGAGUCGGGGAGCGCACGCACCUUCGGCACCCUCGGUUCCCCCGGUUCCCGGCGCCGGUACCGGCCCCGCCAUGCCCUCCGCGUACCCGCAGCGAGCCCUGACGGUGCUGCUGCUCUUCGGGACCUUGUCCGCUGCCAUGGCCCUGCUCUCCUCCAGCCUCAUCUUCCAGCUCCCGUCGGGCCGGGCCGCUCCCGGUGCCGGUGGCGGUCGCGGGGCGCUCCCGGAGCCGGUGGCCGCCGCUCUGCUGCCGGUAUCGGCCGUGCUGGCCGCGCUCUGCCUGGUGCUCAACGUGAGCUGCCUCCUGCUCUGCCUCCUGCACGGCUACUGCAGCACCGAGCUGUGCCGGGGGCAGCCCGGGCCCGAGCGGGCAGACUGGUUCCUCCUGGACAGCCGGAGCGUCCGGCACGUGGCCAUCGGCCUCUUCUGCUGCGGGCUCUGCCUCUACCUCACAGCUCUGGCCCUUUUCAUGCUGCUGCUGUUCGAGCUGGAGGCUGGAAUUGCCAGCGCCUGCAUCCUCACCUCUGGAAUUCUCGUCCUGCUCAUCUCCCUGCUCCACGUGCUGCUCCGUGCUUCCCACAUUUCCCAAAUUUCCCAAGGCUCGGAGCCUUCCCAAGCCCUGUACGAGAACGACUCCGCCCAGCCCGGCGACAGCAGCGACCUCAGGAACGCGGCUCCUGCUCUGCCCCGCCCCGAAAUCCACCGGGAAUUCUCCUUCCCACCUUUCCUGGAGGGCAAAUCCCAGCCGGGCUCGGCUUCCAGCAGCAACCUGAGCUCCAGGAGCAAAGAAUUCCACAGGGAAUCCCAGUGGGAAUUGUCCAGGAGCAAGGAAUUCCACAGGGAAUCCCAGGACUGGUCCAGGAGCAAAGAAUCCCAGCAGGAAUUGUCCAGGAACAAGGAAUUCCCCAGGGAAUCCCAGGAUUGGUCCAGGAGCAAAUUCUAUCAGGAAUUGUCCAGGAGCAAGGAAUUCCACAGGGAAUCCCAGGCCUGGUCCAGGAGCAAAGAAUUCUAUCAGGAAUUCUCCAGGAGCAAGGAAUUCCCCAGGGAACCCCCAUCCCAGGACUGGUCCCGCACUCACAGGACACUCCUGGAUUCGGGGCUGCUCCAGGAGCAGGGAAAACCUUGGAAUGUCAUCGCCAGGGGGAUGAGGAAUGUGACGUCCCACAAAGCCACCAAGGACUCCACGCUGGUGUGAGGGAAAUUCGGGAUUUUCCCCGGAGUUUCCUGGGAUUUGCAGCUCUGGAGGAGGAGUUGUUGCUGGUUUUUCACAGUUUUGGGUUUUGUUUUUUUUUUGUGGAAAAAUUCCUCCAAAAUCCCAGUGCUGCCUGCUUGGAGAACCCAAAUCCAUCCCAGCUGUGGGAAAUGGGGAUGGGGAGCAGAAAUUGGGAUUUUCACCAGCAGAAUUCCGGCCUUUUCCAGCAGA